AUGGAGUACUCAAAGAGUCGAUAUGCCUUCCAACCCACAUUGUCGUCACCCUCAUCAUCAUCAUACUCCCACCCCCACUCCCGGCAAAUAGCAUAUCAAAUUGGAACCUUGUCGAGAUCCAAGAUUCAGAAAGAGGCGGCCAAGACGGCGCCUCACCUCCACCGCCUCCUCGGCCACGCCGCCGUCUACGACAACGCGGCCAGGUACAUCAUCAAACACAUGCAUGACUAUACCCCAGAGAUUGAGCGAUCGCCGUCACUGGGGUCGGUGGAAGAAAUCGAGGAUGUCGAUGACGACUUCUCCCUCGACGACUCCCUUGACGAUAUUGUCGACAUCGUCCCCGAGGAUGACGACGACGAUGUCGAGUCAUCAGCAACCACACACGAGUCUUUGCUGCAAACCGCCCAAGUGGCGUCUUUCAAGGGGUACGCUCAGCUCAAAUCCCCCCGCCUCUGCGGCGUCGUGGUAACAACGACACCGCUGGUGGCGGGCGCCGGAGACGGCCACUGGGAAGAGGUGGAGAGCGAUGCGAGUAGCACUGAGACCGAGUCCGACGACGAUUUUGAUCUCGACUCGGAUCUAGAGGGUGACCUCCAAUACGACUACUACGACCCCUCGGCCAUCGAGUCUGCCUCGCAGUACCGCCACUACUACGAACGCCACUCGGACUGGAGAGAUGCGCACUCCUGCUCGAAAGAGUCCUACAACUACAGCCCCUCAGCCCCGCAGGCAUACACAUACACGUACACGCACAGCGACGACGACCAACAACUCUGGUCUCAGCAGCCGCGCGUCUGGUCUCGAGAACAAGAAACCCGUCUAUUCGUCGAAGCUUUUGGCUGA